CUUCAAGCAUUAAUAAUCUAAACAAAAAUAAACAAGUUUGAAUUUAAAUUUAGUAUUAUAUAUUAAGAGAAUUACAAAUGUCGGCCCAAGAUGAACGUAACGACAUCAUAUUGGAGUGUAUACCAACAUUGGUGAAACUACUAACAGAGUUUGAUGAUGAUGAUAUUAAUACGGAACAUUGCAUUCACUUUGCAUGGAACAUUAUAAAAAAUCAUCGAAACCUCAGCACAAAUAGCCAUGAUGUUCGACGGAAAAUCGAAGGCAUUCAAGAACGAUUCUGUGUGGAAAAUUGUCCUGAAUAUGCCGAAUAUUUGGGACGUUUGUGUGAUGAAGUUGUACGACAUCCAUUAUGUGUUGAUCACUAUGAAGUGGAUGUCCAUUGGUCCCUGUUGGAUUUCCUCUUUGAGUUGGCCUAUAAUCCCACAGGUGCCUUAAAGAAAAAUAAACACAAAAUUGAAAUUAAACCGGCCGUAAGUGAAGAAGUGGCCAGUGUAAAAGAUACUGAGAAAGCCUACUGGCUGAAUGUACUGAAAGAGGAUUUUAUACCAGUUCCAAAAUAUGAUAAUAGUGAUUCGGAUUUAAGUGAUUGGACAGAUAAUGAAGAUGAUAUUACUGAGAAUACCACAGAAGAUAUCACGGUUGCCGUUGAAAAUUUGUCAAUUAAUGAAAGGAAACCCAUUACAUCCAUUGCUCCCUCAGUUGUUCAUGAACUUAGACCACCUCAAAAAUCACUACCCUAUACGAUUUUUGAUUCAUCCAAUGCCGAAGAAAAACUUAAUGAACAAAUACAACAUUCAUGGUGGAUAGCUGCAAUGGGAGACCACUGCAAUGUGGCCAUCGAGAGUGAACAUCCUCUGGCUAAUUUUGCCUCGGACUAUAGUCGAUUUCUAAGUGAAACGUCAAAUAAUUUAAUACGUUUCGAAGAGCCCAUAACUAUUGCAGAGCAACAUGUUCUGCGUGAAAUUUUAUGGUCAUUUCAGAGGCCAACAAAUUCUGCCGUCUUUGUUGUGGAUGCUGACAAACAGUUGGCCAUAAGACCAAAUGUAACAAUACCCAGUUGUGGAGUGAAUGCCUUUCAAACAUAUUUGGAGAAUCAGUAUUUACCCUAUCUAAAAAUGAUGAACGUUUUGAGACAGUUCCAUAAGGCAAUUUAUUGCUGUGAGGAUCGUUUGCCACCACGCACACUAGAAUGCUAUGCGGCCAAUUUGCAUUUGCAUCUAAAACCAGUGUGGCAAACAAUUUUGGAAUAUGAGAAACGUCUAAUGGAACCAAAGGAUUUUGAAGUAAACACCCUUGUUACCAUGCGUUCCUAUUUGGAUGAAUCCUUUCGCCAGUUGCAAUCCCUAUAUGAGUUGCAUGAAAAGGUGUUUCUUGAUUGGCGCCAACAUCCUGCCCACAUCACAAGUGCUUUUCUAUUGUCCAGUCUUAUGAACUGUUAUCAAAACGAGAGUAGCGUUGACAAGGGUAAUUUAUUCAUGUCGCUUUUGUUGUCCAGUAUCAAAGUAUUUUGCGAUAUUAUUGAUACAUGGUGGACAGAUGGACGCCUAGAUGAUUGGCAACAGGAAUAUAUUGUGGAGAGGAUUAGCAAUAGCGACCAAUCUGUUUGUAUGCGAGAGUAUCGUAAAAACAAAAGCAAGUCUUUCUUUGUACCCACCCAUGUUAGUAAGGUCAUUGAGAAUAAUAGCCUAUUUCAAUUGAUGCGUGAACAUUCUCUGGAGGCUGGAAGAACAUUGAAUUUGUUGUAUGAAAUAAAUCGCAUUGGUGAUUUGCGUAAAAAUUGUGAUGCCAUGGGUGGAAAACUCUAUAAUGUGUUCAUAGAAGACUUUCUUAAACAAGUCGAGACUUUACAAAAUGAAGUGGCACAGGCUUCUGGGGAAAUAGGAGAAAAUCCUUCCAAUGACAUGGAGCCAAAUGAUAGUGGUUAUUAUAAUGAAGUACUCAAUAAUACCACAAAUAAUAAUGAAGAAAAACAAAGUUCACUGCUUGAUUGUUUAACAACCAAGGACAGCUACUUGCUAAUGGCAUUUGCUUUAAAUAUUAAAGAAGAAGCAAAUUCUGAAGAAGACCCCACAACCAAAGCAAAAGAAACAAAUGCCUCCUCCAUUUAUGAGGCGCUCAAGAAAAAGGCCAAUAACAAUAUCUUACCCCUGGAGGAGUUGUUGAUUUCUACAUUGAGCCAUAUUUUUAAAAUGCGUAUUGCUUUUGCUAACAGUUUUGUGCUGAAACUUUAUCGGGAAGAAUUUAUGAUCCUGAAACAUUUAAGAAAUAUUCGUAAAGUUAUGCUUUUGGAAGCUAGCGAUGCUAUGCAUAUAUUCUACAGUAAACUGUUUAGCCAGAUUGAAUCUGGUGAAUCAUGGGCCAAUCGUUCAUUACUUACCAUGCAAUUGGAUGAUAUCAUUUGCUCGAAAUACCCCGAAAUGUCCAUGCUAUUUUGCCUGGAAGUUAAUUCUGCAUUCCGCUGUCAAACCACCAAAGUUAUUGAAGCCGUCGAAGAGCUAAUCGUCACGUAUAAUUUCACCCGGGAACUUUCCCACAUCAUAUCGUCCGAUGACAUUAAAGCCUAUAAUAAAGUUUUUUGUUUUCUAUUAAAAGUCAAAUGGGGUAUAACGACGUUGGAAAAAUUACAAUUUGCUCGUUCCCAUAAGAGACGUAUACCCUAUGCCCGUUUCGAAAUGAUCGACUUGAUAAUGAGGCGAUUGGAACAGUUACGAUUUUGGAUGAUCUAUGCCAUACAAAGUGUACAUUUUCAUUUGAUGACCCAUGUCCUGCAGUCGAUGGGUGAACAAUUGGAUGAGAAAAUUGAGAAAUGUGAAAAUUUCCAAGAAAUGGAAAUGGUACACAAAUCCUAUUUGAGUACAGUGUGUGAACAUUGUUUUCUCACGGACAAUGUGAAUACCAUAAAAGUCGGAGUGGAACAACUUUUAAGUUUGGUAUCCAUAUUACGUGCCGAAUGGAUGGCAUGUGUUAAAUUUAUCGAAAGCAAUAGCCCCUUGGCCAUAUCGUUGGAUGAUAGUUCCAGUGAGGAUGCGGAUACCGAUUUUGUUACCAAUUCACAAAUCGAUGCCAUGGAAUAUACAUAUAUUUGCUGCCAUCAGUAUUUGGCCAAUAUAUUGAAUGACCAAGUUUAUCUUAAGAAAAAUACAUUUUUGUCUGGCCUGAGAGCUGCUUUCAAUACCAGUCUACCCCAUUAAAAUGUUAUGUUUAUUGUUAAUUUACCAUUUUUAUAUUGCAUUUUUUACAAAGGAAAUAAUAAAAAUAAUAUCGAAAAUAUAA